AUGCGUCUGAACCUGAAGCAUACGCUUCUCCUGGCAGCCUCUGUGGGCAUUCCAUUCGAGGCAUCCGCCAGAGCAAUCCCUCGGCAGGAAUUAUCCGUGGGCUCGCUUCUUCCCAGACUCGAGCUCCCUGGUAUUCCAAUUCCCAAGCCUGUAAUCCCCAAGCCAGUUAUCCCGGAGGCCCCCGUUGGCAAACCUCCUGGACGCACCCCUCAGAUCGACCCUGUGCCUGUUCCUGUUCCCAAGCCGAAACCCGAAUCCCCUGUACAGCAGCCUUGCAAGAGAACUGGCACCUGCGACCAAGGCUAUACUAUCUCCAAUGUCAAUUACGCCGAGAAGGGUCGAAUCCUCAUCAACAAUCUCCGCGAGAACAACCAGCAUCCCAAAACUGAUGACCAUAACUUUGCCCAAGCCGAGGGGGAGUACUCGGUGAAGGCCACCAAGAAGACAACGCCUAUUCUCGGCAGCAAGCUCUCCCUCUGGAUAAAGGAGAAUAUGGGGAUUAGCAUGGGCAGCAGCAUCUUUGACAAAGAUUCCUCCUGGACUCGGUACGAAGUCUGGGGCGCCACCAACCCAGAACCGAACCUCCCCACCGUGGCCGAAGUCUAUGUCUCGGUGAAGCACCGGGCUAUUCUCGCCAACCGGCUGUUCCGUGACAACAACAACCUCUACCAAAAUGGUUUAAAGCCCAAGGACAGACUGCCCAUGUCGGAGUGGAUCUUCCAGUCGUGGAAGAAGGCCGUUGCGGAGGGCAAGGCCGACUACGGCGUCGAUGUCAAACUGAGCGAUCUCAAGGUCUUCGUCGUCACGGACGUGACCAACCCCGAGGCUAGGGCAAUCGUUGGGAAAGCGCAGCAGGGAGUUGGCGGCAACAAGAUCAGAUUCACCGUCAGAGCUUCGGAUGGGGAGCCGUUCGAGGCCCUCGCUGCCUCGAGUAGUGGCAAGUCCAAGUACUACAUGCUGGCCGAUCAUAACGGCCCGUCGGAGCUGAACAGGCUGGUGCCUCAGAAGGCAGAAAUCUCACUGGAGGAUGAGGGCGGUUUGCCUGCUAUUGCUUGGAGUCUUGGACGUGAUUGA